CAUUUAUUUUUAUCAAUCCACAAAUUCCUCGUGUAAAGCAAGAUCAAAUAACUGAGCAGUUUGUAUCUACCAACAUUGGCCAUAUAUGCAGGUUGGUCCCUCCCUGUGGUCUAUACUUGAAUAAAACUACACAUCAUCUGUAACUGCAUCUCUUUGUUAUAUAAGUACUAUUAUAGAAGCUCUUGCCACAAAUUGGAUUGUCUCCCCAAGUAUCGUAUACGCCAGUGCAUUUUCUUAUCCUAAAUAAUGAUACCAAACCCUAAUAUAUUAUAAUUAUCGUAGCACUAGUUUUGAGAUAUAAACAUGCCUUCACAAAGCUCAGACCAGAAUUCCCGCCCACUGAAGCCCAUCCCAGGAAGCUAUGGCCUUCCGUUCUUCGGUGCUCUAAAAGACCGCCACGACUACUUCUAUUACCAAGGUCAGGACAAGUUCUUCCUCAGCCGGAUCAAGAAAUACGGCUCAACCGUCUUCCGUACCAACAUGCCGCCUGGUCCAUUUAUCUCCUCCGAUCCCAGGGUGGUUGCCGUCCUUGACGGAGUCAGCUUUUCUGUCCUACUAGACAACUCGAAAGUUGAGAAACGUAACGUCCUCGACGGCACGUUCAUGCCCUCCACCUCCUUUACGGGCGGCCACCGCGUGUGCGCCUAUCUUGAUCCUUCGGAGCCCAAACACGCAGCCAUUAAAGGCUUCAUACUCUCUGUUCUGGCCUCCAAACACGACACUUUCAUUCCUCUCUUCCGUGCUUGCUUGUCCGAGCUUUUUACUAACAUUGAGGACAACAUAAGAGAUAACAAGACUGCCAACUUCAAUGCCUUAAGCGAUGACAUGUCCUUUAACUUCGUUUUUCGUCUCUUUUGCGACGGUAAGCCGACGGAACAUGGGCUUGGGCCCAAAGCAAACACUGAUUUCGACAAGUGGAUCUUUUUUCAACUCCAUCCGCUGAUAUCGCUAGGGCUUUCCAAGUUUCUUAACGUGUUCGAAGAUAUGCUUCUGCACAUGUUUCCUUUACCUUCGUUUCUCGUUAAAUCCGGAUACGACAAGCUUUACAACGCCUUUUACUCGUCCGCAGGUGUAAUCCUCGACGAAGCGGAGCAUCGUUUCAAGAUCAAAAGGGAUGAAGCUUGUCACAACUUGGUUUUCGUAGCUGGUUUCAACGCUUACGGUGGCAUGAAAGCUUUGUUUCCAGGUUUGAUCAAAUGGGUCGCAUCAGGAGGAGAGAGUUUGCAUCGGCAGCUGGCUGAUGAGAUCAGGACCGUUAUUAAAGAAGAAGGCGGGGUUACCAUAGCGGCUUUGAAUAAGAUGAGUUUGACUAAGUCUGUGAUCUACGAGGCAUUGAGAAUUGAGCCUCCUGUUCCAUUCCAAUAUGGUAAGGCGAAGGAGGAUAUGGUGGUCAAUAGUCAUGACGUGGCAUUUGAGAUAAAGAAAGGAGAGAUGAUCUUCGGAUAUCAGCCGUUUGCCACAAAAGAUCCCAGGAUUUUUACUAACCCCGAGGAAUUUGUGAGUGAUAGAUUUGUUGGAGAAGAGGGAGAGAAGCUAUUGCAGUACGUUUAUUGGUCAAAUGGGCGCGAGACUCAGAAUCCAACGGUCGAUGACAAGCAGUGUCCUGGAAAAGAUCUUGUGGUGUUGCUGUCUAGGGUACUUUUGGUGGAACUCUUCCUACGAUACGAUACGUUUACGAUUGAGGCUUCCAAGUUGUCGUUAGGUACAUCUGUGAAAUUCUUGUCUUUCACAAAGGCCACAAUGACAGUUUGACAUGGCCCUUUUGUUGUGAAUGCUUAGUUCUUUCAUCACCACGAAUGCACUAUUUUUAUUUUUAAGUUUGUUUCUUUUGAAUGAUGUGUCACCAGUGCCAAGGCCAAUUUUAUGUUAGUUCUUGAAUAAGCUAUUAUCUAUUUACCGUUUCAAUAAAAUGUUUAUUUAAUAAA